AAUUUCGAUCGCGAUACUCACAUCAAAUUGCAAACACGACCAUGGCGCAAUACGGCUACGGACAAAACCCCCAAUACGGCGGGGGAAACGCGCAAAAUCUCCAAUUCUACUCUUCCUCGUUCUCCAACCAGCCAGUUUCUGGACACUCGACCCCUUUCCAAGCAAACUAUGGCGCGCCACAGAGCCAAGCAUAUCCCGUACAGUAUGGCGCCGGUUUCUCAGCACCGGGAGUAAGUGGGCAAAUGGGCAUGGGCGCUGAGGGGCUACGGACAGGAUGGCUUGCAGCGUUUGGCACGGAAGGAUAUCCUACAGAGCCACCGCUACUGGAAGAAUUGGGUGUAAACUUCAGACAUAUACAGAUGAAGACAUUGGCCGUCUUGAACCCGUUCGGGCGAAUUGACCAACACAUCAUGGACGACAGCGAUGUAGCAGGCCCCAUAUUGUUCUUCUUGAUCUUUGGCACAUCAUUACUGUUGUCUGGCAAGCUACAUUUCGGCUACAUUUACGGGCUGGCCUUGUUAGGCACCAUUUUGCUUCACCAGAUCCUCUCGCUCAUGUCGCCGCCUAUCAACGCCGUUGAAGCGACUCCGGGCGAUCACAGUCACCCACAGGGCUCCCAUCUCGGCUCCUCCUUGACCUUCCCACGAUCAGCGUCGGUCCUUGGUUAUUGCCUACUUCCCCUUGUAUUGGUGUCGAUACUAGGAAUAAUUAUACCUCUGGAUGGCCUUUUCGGAUAUCUUUUGACAAGCUUGGCCAUCACAUGGUGCGCAUACAGUUCGAGCUCUAUGUUCACUGUGGUUGGACGCAUGACAUCGAUGCGAGGCUUGGUAGCAUACCCUAUGGUUCUAUUCUAUGGCAGUUUUGGUAUCAUGGCCAUCUUCAGCUCUCGCGGCACCGGGCAGUUGGCGGCGAAGGCGGCGGGAUCAUAAGGACGCCGCUCAAAACCAAGGACGUUGUCAUUAGUUAGGGGAUAUGGACAUGGACAUUGAGCGAUUGAGCGUGCGAUAGGAUGAUGAUAAUACCGAACAAAUGCAAAUAAAACACUUGAUUUGGUC